UCGGGCGGGUUGCCGCCCGAGCUAGCCAGCUCAAUAUAGCUGAACAUAGCUGUGUUCGGCGAUUUUCUCCUCAUUCAGCUUGGACCCUACAUAAAACCUUAUGUGGGGACCUCAAACACUUAUACGAAAGUUCAGAGUAUAUAUACCAGUCGAAGACGUAGACGGCGACGUCUAAAGAGAAUUUCUCAAUAUCUACCUACCUUCUUAGCUACUCAGAGCAUUCUCAGAGCAUUAUAUAUUUUUAUUUCAUUCCCCGCCGUUUUCUAUAUUCGAAGAGAUACCCACUCCUGCACCCCCCUUUUCUUUUCUAUUUAUUAUCGUAUAUCCCACCAACACGUAAUGGCACCUGGUAUUUUAUUUGACGACACUACAAGCCGGAACGGGCUUGAGCUCGAGGAGACGUCAGAUAAGAUCGACGCAGUAAACGUUUUGAAAGACCAGAGUCAGACAAAGUUCGAUGAUAAGUCCCAAUUUGACUCGGCCAAAGAUAAGACUCAAUUCAGGCAAUACGAAGAAGCCUGCGACCGCGUACAGAACUUCUAUCGGGAGCAGCACGCAAAACAGACGGUAGCGUAUAACCUGAAAGCACGCAAUGACUUCAAGACACGGCGGCGCGAGGAGAUGACAGUGUGGCAAGCCAUCGAGAAGCUUAACACAUUGAUCGACGAGUCGGACCCGGACACAAGUCUAUCGCAGAUCCAACACUUACUCCAGUCUGCUGAGGCGAUCCGGAGAGACGGAAAGCCGCGCUGGAUGCAGGUUACUGGCCUAAUCCACGACCUGGGAAAGCUACUUUUCUUCUACGGCUCCGAGGGCCAAUGGGAUGUCGUCGGCGACACGUUCCCUGUCGGCUGCGCUUUCGACAACCGCAUCAUAUAUCCCGACACGUUCGCCGCGAACCCGGAUUCCCGUGAUCCUAUUUACAGCACCAAGUUCGGCAUAUAUUCGCCGGGCUGCGGCCUAGACAACGUGAUGCUGUCGUGGGGUCAUGACGAGUACUUGUACCAUGUGGUCAAGGGCCAAUCGACGCUGCCGCCGGAGGCGCUUGCUAUGAUUCGGUAUCAUUCGUUUUACCCCUGGCACAAGGAAAACGCGUACCGCGAAUUAAUGGACGAGCAUGACGAGGAUAUGCUACGCGCCGUGCGGGCGUUCAACCCGUAUGAUUUGUACAGCAAGAGCGACAAGGUUCCGGACGUGGAGGAGCUGAAGCCGUACUACCUGGAGCUUAUUGACGAGUUUUUCCCGCAGAAGGUUUUGAAGUGGUAGGAGGGCGUACAAAAAGCCUUUGGGGUUUCUUUUUUUUUUGGCUUCUGUUUGGAGAGAUUGGAACUAGGUAAUGACUUG